UUGGGCAGCUACCGCUUGGCGCACGUAAACGAUUUUGUGUUGUGUAGUAGUCGCUGCGUUGCACUCUGACGCGGCGGUUCGUGGCUUGCGCUCUCUCUCUAAGCGCCAGGAAAUUCAUCGCCUCAAUAUUCAACUGGGGCGCACGGCCUGGCUGUGAUCAUCCUCGGGCGAACACCCCCUAACCGGAAAGUUUGGUUGAGGUCGUGACGUCACGUCCAGUCGUCUGCUUGAGUGUAGGAAAAUUAUGUUGGAAUGGACCGAAUUUCAACGCUGUUGUAGGGAGAUCGAGGCCCUUUCGAUCAACUUAAAUGACGGCUGGCACUUCGUUGUUCAACAGGACGAGCCUGGAUGCAGUUAUUUGGAGAAACGGUCCGUUAUAAAGGCACAAAGUCGACAUCUGAAGGACGUACCAAGUGAUGACUACCAUGCUGCAGACUUCGGCUUGAAAGAAGAGCUGGACUGUGACAGUGUCAUUGAAGACAACCAAGAGGCAUUGAGAUGUGUCUACAACAUUGUCUACAGCGUCAGCUACAGUGUACCUGUUCUCUACUUCAACAUCUGGAAGCAGGAUGGAUCAUUGCUGCCUCUUCCAGAAGUGUGGUCCAUGGUCCCACAUAGCUUUCAAGGCCAGCUGAAAGAUGUCUGGUGGUCUACAAUAACACAACAGGAGCAUCCGAUCCUGGGAACACCUUUCUUCCAGCUACACCCCUGCAAGACAGCUCAAUUGAUGGAUCAGGUCCUACCCAGUCACAACAAGGAGCACGCCAACUACAUCGUCACUUGGUUGAGCAGCAUGGCACCCCUGGUCGGAUUGGACUUGCCAAACAGCUACUCGGCGCUGACGGCGGCGCGGCAGUGACGUGUCAGUCACGCUUGUUUCUACGGAUGCGGUGCGUGGACAGCAGAGACCAUGACGCUGCGCAGCAUGUGCCGGUUAAAUGUGAAGAGUGCAAAACAGUGUUACUCAGAGAGGGAGGUACGAAGUGCCAGGACCUUCUGCUUUUAAAGCAUUAAAACAUGCUGUACACGUGUCAUCAGUGCAUAGACUCAAUGAAGAACGGAGUGGCCCCUAAAAAAACAUUUAUAGCACUUUUUUUCAUCGCAAUAAGGAACUACGCAUUACAAAACGCUCGGUUUUUGUGCAAGUGUAGUGCUACUGGUUCGAACCAAAUGCCAAAGUCUCGGAGCUUCACAUUACCCAAUUAAAAAGUUACAAGAUUUUCAGAAAUUUUCAAUAAAAAAAUGGUGGCCAACAAAGCACACUAAUAGAUGGAGUUGAAUGACAUCAGCUACUGAGAACGGGACCCCAUUUGCCCAUUGAAAGUUUAAAAAAAUAAUGCAAGCUUUUAACAAUUAUUAGUUCUGAAAUUUUGACUUUCCGUCCGGACUGCUAGUGCUACAUUUUCGGGCAAAGAUCAAGCGCUUGGCAAUGUGUAUAUUUUUGUAAUUAAAAAAAAACAAAAAACAUUGUUUUUUUUUUUUUUUUGGAGACACACUAGUUUUUGGCAAGUCUGCGGAGCAUCAGGACCCACAGGCACGCCCAAAGAGAAAACUGAAAUAAAUGGCUUCCAACACUCGGGUCUUCGAUUCACUAUAAUACAACUUUUAUUCUGCGGCAUUCUCCUGCGAAGAACUAGAGGCAGCACGACUCCAUGAGUACAAACCCUUAAAAAAGCGAUAGACUGCCCUGGUCGGUUGCAUGGGGGGCACGGAUUUCAAUGACAUGUCUCGUUUUUUUUCUCUGUGCAUCGCGUACGACCUCCACAAACACGUCAGCUGCUGUCACGCUCAAGAGGAAGCAACUACAGAGGCGCUGAUUGGUCCAGCCAACACGCCCAGAUGAAUGCAAGGGAGGGACACACAGUCGUAACCAAUCCGCCGGAUAGCCAACGCAACCAACUCCUGCUUUCGGCCGUCUGACAAUAAAUCGCUGCACACAAACAAAAAACACGGCAUUUUCAUUUUUUUUUUUUGCAACAUUUUAUAACAUUGUUUUAUUCUAAAGGGCGGCCGAGAAAGGUUUAUAAUCGUAAAACGUAUCCAGUUUAGAAACCUUUAUCCGACAUCAAUGAACCGAGAAAUUUUGUACAAGUGGAAUCUAGCUAGUAAUUUAGUUAAAAGUAGCAUGAAAACACCAUUAAGCCAAUAAAAGCUAUGCAUGCAUGUUUAUUACCCUCCCCUUGCCCACAAGAAAAACGUGGAAGAAAGAACAGCUUCAGAAAUACACACACGACUUGUAAACCCGCAUGCCGGUCUGACCAGCGGAAUAACAAAACUUGGGCUGAAUCUCGAGUUGUAAACACGACAAAACAAAAAAGAAGUUUCGAAAGGAAAAACUCUUCAGACCUAGGAAAUUCAAAACAAUGGAGACACCCAACAACGAAGAAAGAAGGUACUUGGGCAGUCUAUGAGGGACGGGUAUCGACUUUGAAACCGCAACGAGCAAACAAACGUUUCACGUGUUAAGAAAAGCGCGUUCGGAACGGAAAGAACACCGUGAGCAUUCUCAGCGUUGUCGCAAAUCUGUAUGUACAAAAGAAAAAAAAAAAAAAAAAAAAGUGGCGUAGUCUAGGUGAGCGAUGUAGAAGACUGUCCCGCAAAAGCAAGACAUCGGCAAAGGAAGCGUGCUGAACCAAUUCUCGUUGGCUGACGGCUCCUCCCAUAUUUGCAAAUGUGGUGCUUUUUCACGUAAUUGCAUGUACAGAGUUAUUGCCCAUAAUUGCAGUAAUUUCAAGUACCGAGUUAUUUCCUAUAAUCACGAGCAUGGCGUCAUUUACCACAGUCGCAAGUAAAAACUGAUCUUCCGUAACUGCAAGUUUGGUGUUGCCGUCAAACCUACGGUGUUCGAGACACGCUUUUAGAACGAAAUACCACACAGUUUAUUUUUGUUUUAUUAGUACCGGUAGUUUCCUGAACUGUAGGGAACGCCUCAUUCUCGUCGUGUGGCGACUCAUUCUGGCCAGUGGAUUUUCAUUUCGAAGUUUGAACUCGAAACGCAUAAAAGCGCGGCAUUUUCGUCCAAAGGUGUCGAACGAAACGCCAAAUGCAUGCCGGAGGACAAAACGGAUUCUGCGUCGCAAAACGUGUCUAUCCCAGUAGCAUUUUACAGCUGCUCGCAAGCCAUCAACGAAAACACUGCAGCUUUCUUCUUUCCAUAAAACCCACUACAGAAGCGUAGAAUAAAGGUAAGGUUGGUCACGGAGGUACACCGUCGCACCUCUGUUUCCGAAACCCAGUUUCAUUACUUUUUUUGUUUUCGUCGAAGAGAUAGGCGACGGGGAAGAAAUAAGGCGACACGAAGACCAAGCUCUUUUGGGCAACGAUACGCGCGCGAGUGAGUAUCGCAUUCAAAACAAACAAAAACACACAAAACGAAGUUGGGAAUGUGUUGCAAUCUUUGCUGCAGUGGAAACACUUUACAACCCUGAACUCCUCUCGCCAGUAGUCUUUUCUUACUUUCGAUGUCCCCCUCCCCUCUCGAACCGUGCUCGUGGUCGGGACGUCCGACGCGUAGAAAAGGCGGUACAAACUUCGUUUGGGGGAAGGGGGACGCUCCGGCUCCUCUUGACUAGCCGAGGCACGCGCGCUGCCGUGAAACGCGGCGGCCCCGGUCGCGCGUCGACUGCGGUCGUUUCUUUGCGUUUCGUUAAACUUUCCUGACUAGAAUGAGACACUAGCUGUAGCCUGGUCAAAGGCGGGCAUCACACCAAACCUAUUUUUGUUCUAUGCCCAGCUGAAACAUCUCGAAGCAGGGCGGAAAGUGCAAACACCUUGCGACAAGUUCGUUGCGGCGGCUCUGGAUGCGUCGUUCGAACUAUGCUUCCGACCUGUCGACGAAGCAGAGAGCAAAAACCUUCCGGCUUGGCGCCGCAAUAAAUAACCACGCUCCGACAAUCACCGCACCAAGGCCGCGCGCUCCCCUUGCAGAAAAAAAAAGAGCCCACGCGAUUUGUCGCAAACGGCAAAAAAAAAAAAAAUGUUCGUGCCCGGCUAUCCGUCCACCUUUUUAUAUGUAUGUACAAAACAACGAAACAAUUGGAUACCUCACACGCAGAACAAGCUGGAAAA